AAUCGAUGAGGUUGAUUUAAUUUUGAAAACUAUCAAUUUGAUGGUUAUGCGAACAGACAACCUCUUUUUGAUUAUCAAAACUUCAUCAACAACCUUUUUGUUCGUCUUCUUUCAGCAAAUGUUCUGAAAAAGGUUCUGAUGAAGAAGAAGAUGAUUAUCGUUUUUUUCAUCAUCUUAAGCACUUCUUUAACCCUCCCGUUGUUUGGGCUUAACAAGAUUAAUUUGAUUAGUACAAUAUCAAUGUUUACUUGAGCAACAACAAAAUCAUCGACACUUUUUGUUGUCUCUUCAUUAUGAAUCGAUGCAAAUUAAUGUUUCUCAUUAAAUUCAUUUAGAGGUUUCCUUAGUUCUUCAUCAUGUUCACCUUUUCAGUGUUGAUCAUUUCCAUUCAAUUGAUUAAUCCAAGUUUAUCCAAAGAUUAUUGUGCUCAUUUGACUUCAUUGCUAUCGACAAAUAGAGUCGAUUCACAAUUCAAAGUUUCGAGGAUAAAACGAGAAUUGCUUUUACCUGAUACAACUUCAACCUCAACCUCGGCAAGCUUUACAACGACAACGGAAAAUGUUGUUCCAGAGGAAAGUGACAAUUUAAUUAGUGAAAAUUUCCUCGAAGCUGAUGUUCGAUCUCUUCGAUCCAAUUUAGUGAAUCAUUUUUCUUCGCCAAGAAACUCGUUUGCCAAUGAAACGGCAAAACAAAUUGUCAGGAAGUUCAUCAUCGACAAGUUUGUCAAGCUUCGCCUUGAAACUUGGACACACAAGUUUAAUGCAACAGAAAUGAAGUUUCUCAAUCUUCCAGUUAUCGAAGGAAUGAACAUUAUUGCUCUUCUUCCCGGCUCAUCACGAGCAACUGACCAGGAAUCUUUGAUCUUGAUUGGAGCUCAUUAUGACACUGUUUUACUUUCGCCUGGAGUCAAUGACAAUGGUUCAGGUGUGGUUGCCCUUCUCGAAGUGGCUCGAAUGCUGACAGCUCAUCAGUGUCACUUGAAAAGUACCAUAAUCUUUGCAGCAUUUGAUCUUGAAGAAUACGGAGGUUUGGGAAGUCGCCAUUUGGUUCAUGAGUAUCUCAUUCCAAUACAUUUAUCCGGGAAAAGGUCAAAAUUCCGUGGCGCUUUUAUUCUGGACACUUUGCUCAACUUCGAUGAAACUCCAAACUCUCAAGAUAUUCCAACGGACAUUGAAAGGGUUAUUCCAUUUUGGGGUAAAGAUUCACCUGACAAUUUGAAAGGUGAUUUUGUUGCCAGUUUUACACGUAAAUCAAUCGAUUCUCGUCUUUCUUCAACUUUGGCUAAACAUUGGAAGGAAAGGAAAGGAUUGACUCCAUUCAAUUUGGUUCCAGUUGAUAUUGCGACUCUUCCCUCUGAAAUGCCUAAUGUCAAGAUAUUGUCUGAUCAUGUAAACUUUUUGAGAAGUGAUCAUGUAAUGUUUUGGUAUCACAACAGCAGUAUGCACAAGCCAACAUUGAAAGCCGUCUUUCUCACUGAUACAGGACCUUUCCGUGGUUACAUGAGGAAAUGUUAUCAUGAAACUUGCGAUGAUUUAAACCUUGUAACUGAAACAAAUCUUAAAUUUUUGAAGUUAAUUGUUGAAGUUUUAACAGCUUCCAUCAUUGACAUUGGCGAUGGUUACUGUAAAGUUUCAUCCAAAGGAUCAACUAAAUCGGAUGUAAGACAAUCAAGUUCACUUCGAGCAUAUCCAAUGUCAUUAGUUUACCUGACAAGUUUUACAAUAAUCAUAACCAUUAUCAACAAUAAUGGCAACACAAGGCAUUAACGUUGAAAUUGGUUAAAGACUGGUCUACAUUGUAAAAGGAUGACGAGAAGACAAAAGAAGCUGAACAGAAAUGAUGAAAAGACUCAUAAAGAUUACCUUUAAACUAUUACCAGAAACAGGUUCACCAUUUCAAUUAUUACAUUUUGUUUUUAACCUCGCAGGCGAGUUAAUGAAAUAACUGCAAAGGUAAUUCAACUGAUCAAACAAUUACUCUGAUCACAAGUCUCUUAAUUGCUCAUUAUUCAUUAAACUGGACACAAUUUAUUUUCCCA